AUGUUGGCUGUGAAACCAUCUAGAAGACGUAUAUUUUUCUCUGUGGUAUACUUAAAUGCUGCAUCGAAACCAAAUGUUGCAGCCUUUUCACAUAGGUUUUUUUCAACAACUUUACAGAAUUUAAAGGACGUACAAUCAAAAGCACAGAAGUACAAGAGCAAGAGAACAAAGCUGGCACCAGAAAAGAGAAUCCAAACACCAGAAGAGUUAUUUCAUUCUGCAUCUAAUGUUGACAUUGAAAAUUUAAAGAAAGACGUUGAAGAAAGGACAAAAUUGAGAUAUAUUGAACCAAACAAACUUUGGAUCUCAAAAAUUUUUCCCGAUCUAAAAUUGCCUCCAAACUUUUCCUUUUACGAUGAUCAAUCAAACAGAGAUUAUAUCAAGUACCAGCUUGUUAAAAAGUUUGGAGACGUCUCAAAUAAAUUUGUUUGGAAAGAUUUUCAAUAUAAUGAAGUUGCUGUAGGUGAUGUUGUUGACCUCUCAGGUAACUUUGAAAAAGGUGAUUUAUCAGUGAUAAUUGGCCUUCCUGAAGAUCCCGAAGAUCCUAGAUAUACUUUAUUGAACGCAUAUGGUGAGAUUCAGUUUGUUUCGAGAUCUAAGAUGGGAGUUAGGUUGCCUAAAGUGUUUCCGAAAGAAUGGUUUUGUAAUUCUCUCAUGGAAGAAGAACUAUUCUGGGAGGGGUUAGACUAUGAUGAAAUUGUACCCAUUGGUAAGCCAAAAUACAAGUUAGAAGAUGUCAUUGACAGAAAUAAGAUUUUUGAAAGUGCUAUUGCUAGGUCAAUCUCAGGUGAAAAUGCUGUCAAAACUUAUAUAUUACCAUCACUUCUAUCAGGCCUGGUAUCUCAAAUCUUAUCGAAAAUUAACACCAAGGCAUGGCAAAUUUUACCUAAUACAAAUGUCAAACUAGAAAUUGUGCACAAUAUCUUACAAAGUAACGAGGGGCCAAUUCAAAUUACCCUUUAUCAAAUGUACAGAGCAGUCCAGUUAACUGACCUUAAAAUUUUAAUGAAUAAUUUGAAAGUUACUAAGGCUGAAGACAUAAGCAAAGCAUAUAAAUUGUUAUUUGACACCAUAACUAAAAACCUCUUUAUCGGUAAUCAAUAUGACUCAAUUAGCUUGGGAAAAACUGUAUGCGGUGGCUCAAAUUUGAAUCUUGAGGUUGACAUCGUUGACUUUUACGCCUUUAUAUUGGGUCUGCGGAAAAAUAAUCAAUUGUUCAUGCAUGAUGCAUUUACUAAGGCAUCGUCUUAUGUCCUGGCUCUCCCAUUGAAUAGAAUUGUCAGAUUUAAUGGAAUGGUCCAGGCAUUCAAAGAUGACAACUCGCUAUACCCUCUAUUGUCUGGUUAUUUGAAGGAUAAAAUCGAACAAAAAAAUAUCAAGAAUGCCAACUAUAAAAAGAUAUUACCAUUCUAUAUAACAUUCAUUGAUUUGCUAAAACUCUACUGUUCAGGAUCGGUUCAGAACAACAUAUUAGAAUCUUUUGUCAUGAAAAUCAUGAGAAAUAUUCCAGAUUAUAAAGAUCUUGAUAUAACUAACUCCAUCGUUUUUGACCUAUUAUUAAAAACUAAUGAAAUCACGUCACGCGAGGGGCCUUCCAAAUGGUGGGACAACGCUAUGCUGCCUUUCAGUGGUGUUUCACUAAAAGCUGACAUGGAACAAGCAUAUUAUGAUUCAAUUACGGAGGAAAAUAUCUCUAGCUUUGUUGAUCUUGAGCACGAUUCAACUGACAAAAGGGUCAAAUUCAAUGACAUUGUUUAUUGCAUUGACUCCGAAAACCCCCUAGAAAUUGAUGACGGUAUCUCAGUCAAGAAACUAAAUCAAGAUGAAUACUUAGUUAGUACUUUUGUUGCGGAUCCAUCCUCAUAUUUAGAGCCAGAAGAUUUGAUAUCCAGGAUUGCAUUAGAAAGAGGUUUGACUCUUUACUUGCCAGACCUCUCAGGUACUAAUGCCAUUCCCCUUCUACCUCUUGAAUUUGGUAAAAAAAUUCAGCUAGGUUAUUUUGGACAAGAUACAAGAGCGUUGAAAAUAUCAUUCAAGUAUAAUGAGAAAACUAAAAGGGUUGUACACUUAAGUGAUGAUGAGGUUAUUAACUUUGGUGUGGCAAAUAGGUUUGUUAAAAUCGAUUACAAUUCUGUCAAUAAAUUACUGUCAAAUGACCCGCUUACAGAGUCUAUUCUUCAUGAAAAAUUGGCCAAUUCGGAUAUUCCAAUAUCUCAAGUCAAACAAGACCUUCACAGUUUAAGUAUAAUUUCUCAACAUUUAAAUGAUGAGGCGACUAAAUCUGGUCGUAUCUCUUUGUUUGACCAAAUUAACGUUAAAAAGGAGAUAGCGAACAUUACUGAAAAUGAAGAUAAACAAAUCCAACUUGUUUUCAAAGAUAUUUAUAAUGACGAUACCAUUAAAGAUGCACAGUUGCAGGGAGCGAAAUCAGAACAGUUGGUUUCAGAAAUCAUGGUCAAAGCAAACAAUAUUGCUGGUAAUUUUUUUGCAAGAAAUAAAAUACCAGCUAUCUAUAAAAUUCAACUUCCACUAGAAAUGUCUCCUCAAGUAGCAGCGUUCUCGAAGAACGUUACUCUUAAGAAAAAUGCUGACUUUAAGGAUUUGACAAUAUAUCAAGAAUACUUGACUAAGUCAACGAUAGCUCCUUUCCCAGAAAAACAUGAAUUUUUGAACAUUACUCGUUAUGCUACAGUUACUUCUCCGUUGAGAAGAUUUUGGGAUUUUGUUAAUCAUUGGCAAUUGCAUUCUUUCUUAUCUACGGGUAAACCCAAGUUUACGCAGGAUCAAAUAGACUAUAUGACCUUGCAGCUUAAAUAUAAAGAUGAACUAAACACAAAAUUAGCAAAUAAGGUUAUUGGAUUUUACACCUUCAAAGCAUUGCAAUAUUUACAAGAGCAUCAAGGCCAAGAAGGACAGCUAUUGUUUAAGGUGAUUGUUACCAAGAAACCUAGCGAGGACGGUUUAAUUGAAGUUAUCCUUUUGGACUAUGGUGUCAGGUGUAUUCUGGAAACCAGCUGGUAUGCUUUGAACGCAGAAAAAGCUGACACACCAAAGGCUGAAACCAAAGAUGUUGCAAUAGGUGACAUCAUCGAUGACGCAACUAUUAAAGAUAUUGACUUACUCGAUGGGUCUAUUUUAUUGACGAGCAAAUCUGUUUAA